AUGACCCACCGCAACAAUACCGACACAACCGGCGCCGGCCUCGCCCACGGCUCCUCCACCGGCGCCCCCGGCAUCCCGACCGGCGUCCAAGAUCAACGCGCCCAGUACGAUCCCGCCACAACCGGCGUCAACCCAGCUACCGGAGCCUCCUACACGAAAUCCGACAAGGGCGCAUCCACGAAGAGCUUUGAUGUCGCCGCCGGAGACGAUCGCAUCCAGCACGCGCCCAGCACCGCCCAGCGGGUCCAGAUGGACGAGCAGCAGGAGAAGGCGGCGCGCGAUCGGGGGUCGGGCGGUACGCAGAUGGGGCAGAUGGGGGAGGAUGUUGGGCGCAAGGCUCAUGGAGUGAUGGCGGGUGUACAUGGAGCGGGCGAGUCGCUUCGGGGGGCGCUUACCUCGGCAGUGGACCGCGCGUUUGGAUCGGAUGAAAGCGCGGAGUGGAAUGAGGAGAUUGCUCGUCGGGGUGAAGAGGAGUUGCGCUCGGGCAGAUUGGGCAAGUAA